AUGUAAAAUAAUAGUAUGGAACCAUAACCAACAUUUUACAAUUCUGAAUAAUACUAUGAAACUCAAACCGGAAAUAAAUUAGGCAAAAAAAAUUUAAUAAGAGGCAGUGACAAUAUAUUUAUAUACGGAAAAGUAAUUAUGUAAUAAAAAAUAAUAGUAAGAGGAGACUUAGGAAAAAUGACUUUAGGAAAAUAUUUAAUUUUAUGUGAAGGAAUUACAUUAAGACCUCCUUAUAUAAUAUAAAAUAAUUAAUUAAAAUAUUCACAUAUUACUAUCGGAGAUUAUGUUUUUAUAGAAUAAAAUACAAUAGUUUAGGCUUCUAAAAUAGGUUCAUAUGUCCAUAUAGGAAAAAAUUGCAUUAUAGGAAGAGGAUGUAUUAUAAGUGAUAAUGUAAAAAUUUUAGAUGAUACAAUUAUUCCUGCAGAUACAAAAAUUCCUGCUUUUACAGUCUAUGGUGGAAAACCAGCAAGGUUUAUUGCUGAAUUACCUGAAACUGUAAGCCAUAUUCAUAAAGAAUAGGCAAUUUAAUUUUAUAAAUAUUUCUAACCUAAAAAAAAUGAUGAAAUUUUUUCAAUAAUGCUAAUUUAAUGA